AAACUAAGAUCAAAUUAUUUAAAGACAUGAUUUUAAAUUAAUAUAACUAAAAUUGAAUUUGUGCAACCAAAUACUGAUAUUUGAUAACAAUAAUGUUUACUACACGUGGAAAAUCAGGAACAGAAAUGUCCAGAUCAUCAUCAAAGGAUAAUGUUAUAAAAGCAGCCGCAUAUAUUUCGAUCCCCCAAUCUCUAAUAUGGAUGGCACUGUCAAUAACCGGGCUGAUAGCGCACAGCUGUCUGGUUCCGGCAACAUCGAUUGAUAAAGAUGCAUUGUCAACGAUACUUUAUCAUCAAUAUUUUAGAGAAAAGGAAUGUGUGGCAAUUCUUGAUCCAACACAAAUGCCAAAAAUAGAAAAACUGAGCACUUCUGAAGAUGUUUAUAUUUGGAUGUGGUUGUAUCUCUUUGUUAGCUUUUUCUGGUUUAUCUCUUCAUUGUUUCUUGCAAUGAGCAAAACUCGCUUUAAGAGAUCAAGUAAAUUGAUUGUCAUAGCCUGGUUGGUUAUAACGAGUAUUGUUUGCAUAAUGGAUUUCAUCUUGGCCAUAUUCUUUGGUUUAGAUUAUCAGCACAUUCACGAUUUUCAGGUGUUAAACUCAAUAUUAGGCGGUAAGCCUCUGGCAAUGCAAACGGCUGCUGGGCUUAUGAUGGCAAUGGCAAUGAGAGGAUUUGUUUUAUGGUUUAUAAAUGCAUGUUUGAUAGCAUAUAUCACGACAAUUACUGUACUUUCAGAGAAAACCAAAAUGCCAAAACAGCACAUGCAAGGCAACACUUGGUUAUAUGAUAACAUUUCGAUUGGCGGAGGUGAUUUCGGAGAAAGCAAACCGAAAGGACUUCCAAAAACUAAUCCCCCUACAUCUGGAUGGGCUUCACUCCAAGAGUUAAUGAGAAGAUACAAAAUUCACACACCCAAAAGAAGUAAAACGCCUGUCCAGGAUAAUGGACAAGUAAAUAAUGGAUUCCAAUCAGAUCCACCUUUACAAUUCGUCUAUCCAAGGGUCUCAAAUGAUAGAGAUUUUUAUGAAAACAGUAUGUUUUAA